CCAGAGACAGGAGACGCCAUGACCCCCACCCUCACGGCCCUGCUCUGUCUCGGGCUGAGUGUAGGCCCCAGGACCCGAGUGCAGGCAGGGACCCUCCCCAAACCCACCAUCUGGGCUGAGCCAGGUUCUGUGAUCCCCUGGAGGACAUCUGUGACCAUCUGGUGUCAGGGGAGCCUAGAGGCCCAGGAGUACCGCCUGCACAAAAAGGGAAAGUCAGAGACUUGGGACAGACAGAAGCCACUGGAGCCCGGGGACAAGGCCAAGUUCUCCAUCAGACACAUGACAGAUGAAGAUGCCGGACGAUAUCUCUGUUCCUAUCGCAGUCCCACUGGCUGGUCAGAGCCCAGUGACCCCCUGGACCUGGUGGUGACAGGAUCGCAUAGAAAACCCAGCCUCAUAGCCACACCCAGCCCUGUUGUGACCUCAGGAGGGAACGUGACCCUCCAGUGUGGCUCAUGGGUGGGAUCCGACAGGUUCAUCCUGAUGAAGGAAGGAGAACGCCAGACCUCCUGGACACUGGACUCCCAGCCAGCCCCCGGGGGGGGGUCCUGGGCCCUGUUCCCUGUGGGCCCUGUGACCCCCAGCCUCAGGUGGACGUUCAGAUGCUAUGGUUAUUACAACAACACCCCCCAGAUAUGGUCGUACCCCAGUGACCCCCUGGAGCUGGUGGUCUCAGAAGCAGCUGAUGCCAUCAGCCCAUCACGAAACAAGGCAGACACCAACACAGCCUCCCACACCCACGCUUACACAGUGGAGAAUCUCAUCCGCAUGGGCAUGGCUGCCGUGAUCCUGGUGGUCCUCGGGAUUCUCCUCUUUCAGGCUUGGUACAGUGAGAGAAGAGCCCAAGAUGCAGCCAGGAGGUAA